CAAUGAUGAGCCUGACGUGUCGUCUGCCCGGCUGUUCUUCUGCCACUGCCAGCGGGCCACGGACCUGGCACAGCCCUGCAGGAGGACAGCCAUGGGGCAGGCGCUGACAAUGCUCAACAUCCACAGGCACCUCAAGCUCAUGGGGGCUCCUCUGGUGACAGAGGUUGCUGAGGACCCAGAGAAGGUUUCCACCGUUCACUUGCAGCUUGGGCUACCACUUGUGUUCAUCCUCAGCCAGAAGGAGACCUAUGAGGCUGACAAGAGGACAGCAGAGUUUGUGGCCUGGCAGCUUUUGGGGAAAGCAGGAGUUGCCCUUUUGUCCAGGGACCUCGUAGAUUUGAACGUUCUGCUCCGGUCAAACGUCGCUCUCAAGACCCCAGAUGAGGGAGUGCCAAUCAAAUACCUGGCCUUGGAAGACACUGAUGAAGUUAUAACCCUGGUGGAAGAUAAGAGCAAGGUCGGACAAGUCCAGGAGGGUGAGGAGGAGGAGGAGGAGGAGGAAGAUGAGGAUGAAAAAGAGAGUAACAAUCAAGAUGUUCAGGACGAUCAGGUGGUGGAAGCAGUUUCCAGGGACAAGAAGCGGGAGCUGCCCCUGGAGCAGAUUCUUGCCCUGACAGAGGAGACCUUCGACUCUGCCCUCUUGGAGACUGCCCGGACAGUGGUGCUGUUUUAUGCCAGCUGGGAGGCAGUGUCCCUGGCAGUGCUGCGGUCUUACACCGAGGUGGCCGAUCACCUGAAAGGAACUCGGGGAGUUUUGCUCUCCCGGGUAAACUGCUGGGACUGGCCGGGUGUUUGCACAAAGGAGAACGUCACUCAGUUUCCUACCAUCAAGAUUUACGAGAAGGGAGAGCGAUCCGUGAUGUACGAUGGCAUGUGGGGAACCGAAGAACUGACCAGCUUCAUCAUGCUGAGCCGAGUUCCCUGCCCUCUGAAGCUGGCCACGAUUGAUGAAGCAGAAGGAUAUUUAAGAGGAGAGUUUCCAUCUGAGCUGUCAUCCUAUCACCAUACUUCGGUUCUAGGAGUAUUUAGCACAGGCACGAGUGAAGCGAGGGAAGCUUUCGAAGAGGCAGGAAACAUCUUAAGUGGCCAUGUAACGAUGGGGAUGUAUUUUGAAGAUGAUGCUUUGGCUUUGUAA